GCCGGCGCGCGAGCACCAUUCGGUUCCAACGAAAUCAUUAUUCAGAAAUCGAUUUUUACUAUUCAACUUUUUACUAUUAUACUUUAAAUCAUUUUUACACACUGCAGUGCGUCGUUACAUGCGGUUAGUUUUCAAUAAAUUUGAUAUAUAAUUUGAAAAAUUUAGUGAUAUUGUUGACGAGAAUAGGCCAAGUUAUGGUGAAAGUAGUUGUGUGAUUAGUGUUGUGUGAAUAGAUUGAGUGUAUGACAGGUAGACGCAAAGAAUUAAAAGGUGCGUGUCGUGUCUACUGAUAAGCAAAAUUUCUCAAAAUGACCAUCCGAAGUAUGAGAGUCACCGAUGCCCGUGAUGCUACCGCGAAGCAUUGUUGUCAAGGACCCUACAAGUUCCGGACAAAAUUAGCAGCAUCAGCGUUGGUAUUAAUAGUCGUGGUCGCCGCACUAGCCGGAUACUUCAUAGGCAGCGCUGAUAAAGCUCGGAGAAACGCAGAGCCACCAGAUCCAAUACAGCACCUUCCGCCUUCGCCAUCUAAACUGCAUUUAUUCGAAAAAGCGGCUGUGUGUACAGAUGCCCCACAGUGCUCAGAUAUUGGCAGAUCAAUACUUAUGAAGAAUGGUUCAGCAGUAGACGCGGCGAUUGCGUCGAUGUUCUGCAACCAUUUACUCAACCAGCAGAGCAUGGGCAUUGGCGGAGGUUUCUUCAUGACGGUCUUCAUAAAAGAUGAGGAGAAGGCCUACGCCGUCAACGCAAGAGAAAAAGCACCAGCACAGGCUACCACUGACAUGUUUGGAAACAAUUCUGAUAAGGCUUCUAGAGGUCCCUUAGCAGUGGGAGUGCCUGGCGAAGUCCGUGGUUUGUGGGCAGCUUACAAACGUUGGGGCAAGUUACCCUGGGACAGCCUGAUUGCUCCCACCUUACAGAUGUGCGAAGAUGGUUACCAAAUAUCUAAGGCAUUGUACGACGGGCUUAUGUCGGCAUCUUGGAUAAAAAAUGAUGCUCAUAUGAAAAAAGUUUACUACAAUUCGGCAAAAGAUCAAUUUCACAAACCGGGCACAAUGGUAAAGCCGACAGAAGCUCUAUGCAACACGUUGAAGAGGAUAGCCGCGAAGGGUGGUGAUGAACUGUACAAUGGAACCUUGGCCACUGAUUUCCUGGAUGAUCUAGAGAAAGUUGGAACCAUCAUUACUGCUGAAGACUUGAGAAAUUAUGAGGCUAAAAUUUCGGAACCACUAGCAAUACCAAUUGGAAAUGGAGACAUCCUAUACGCGCCUCCCCCACCCAGCAGUGGCGUGAUCCUGGUUAACAUUCUGAACAUCCUUAGUGGUUACAACUUUACCAAAAAUAGUAUUAACAGUACAGAGGACAAGAUAUUAACAUAUCAUAGGAUAAUUGAAGCUUUCAAAUAUGCAUAUGCCACGAGAACAAAGUUUGGAGACGCUGAUUUCUUGGAUUUAAAAGAACUGAUUCAGAACGUAACACAACCGGAAUACGGUACGAAAAUCCGACUGCGGAUAAACGAUACGCAAACAAACAAUUAUUCAACUGCAUAUGGCGCUAAAACAUACAAUCGCCCUGAUGCAGGCACUGCGCAUAUAUCAAUCAUCGCGCCGAAUGGAGACGCCGUGUCUGUCACCAGCUCUAUUAAUUAUUACUACGGUGCAGGCUUCACAACGCUUAAAACCGGUAUCAUCAUGAACAACGUGAUGGACGACUUCUCCAGCCCUGGUUUCAAAAACUACUUCGGUCUAUCCCCUGCGUCGGCUAAUUUCAUUGAGCCAGGAAAACGAGCAAUGUCCUCAAUGUGUCCCACCAUUAUUGUAGACUCGGGAGGUAAUGCUAAAUUGGUCAUUGGCGCAUCGGGAGGCACUAAAAUUACUACUGCUGUUGCUUUGGCAACAAUACGGAAGUUGUGGUUCGACCAGACAAUAAAAGAAGCAGUAGAUGAAGCGAGGUUGCAUCAUCAGUUAACCCCCAUGCACAUCGAAUACGAGUACGGUGUCAUUGAGGAUAUUCUGGAAGGACUGCGAGCAAAAGGCCACGGUCUGGUCCGAUACAAAGGCAGAGGAUCAAUUGUCUGCGCGUUGUUCAGAAACAGCACUGCUAUUUACGCCAACUCCGACUUUAGAAAAGGCGGGGACGUCUCCGGCAUCAACUGAGGAAAAUUAUACUCGACGAUUUAGUGAAUUCUCUAAGGAUAUCUAAAAUCUACUAUUUAUUUUCAAUGAAAUUGAGACUCCUAAAAGGCCUUAUCCAAUUUACCUUAUAUAAUAAAGAAGACAAAUAAUAUUUAAUGUAAUUGUGAAAAGCCUUAUUACAAUGUUGAAAAUAUAAAGAUAUAUGAAAAAAGAAAAUUCCUUUAAAAACUAAUGUUUUCUGAAGAUGAAAAGUCUACAGUUUAGCUAUCUAUCGCGUCAAUCCAAAACACUCCUAAUCCGGGUAUAGUGUUUUAUAAUUUCUGUACAAUAAUAAUAUUUCGAUGAAAAAUAAUUAAUAAU